AUGACAAAUCAUCGGGGAAACGGCAAGGGUGAGUGGGACGCCAUCGUAGUAGGUGGUGGACACAACGGAUUGGUCUGCGCCGCCUAUAUGGGCAAGGCUGGCCUCCGAGUCCUGGUGCUCGAGUCCCGUGAAGUGUUCGGUGGUCCCAGCGGCAGCUUCGAGUUCAUGCCCGGCUACACGGCCAGCUUUUCCAACUCUCCCGGCUCCCUGGAGACGCGGGUGGUCGAGGAAUUGGACCUGCCCGGUGCCGGCCUCCGUUUCCUCCGCUCCGACCCGACAGUAAUUCAGUUCUUCCCCGAACAUCCUUUUGUAGUAUGGCGGGACAUGGCCCGGGUCUGCGCUCAGUUGGACGCCCUGUGCCCCGGCGAAGGAGACCGGUAUCGGGGAUUUGUCGCCAAGCUGGAGGACUUCGCCACCCGGCUCAGGACGUCGAUAUUCAAACCUGCGCCUGGCCUGCCUUAUAUGGCCGCUGGCCUCACCACCGAAGAAGACCGGGACACGUUCGAGCAGACCAACGAGGCUCGCACGCUCCUCGGACUGCUGGCCUCCAACUCUGGAAUGGUUCCCCAGUCUGCGCCGGGCACCGCCUGCGGCCUGAUCCUCCGCCCCUUGGCCAUGGCAUCCGCAGCUUCCCUUCCCAGCGAUGACUUCAGGCGGAUGCCUCUGAGGGGCUCUACGGGUCACCCCAUUGGGGGCAUGGGCGCGAUCAUUGACUCGAUAACGGCCCGGUGUCGGGGAUUCGGGGGCACACUCAAGCUAAAGACACGGGUGGCGAGGAUACUUCACAACGGGGGCCAAGCCCGUGGCGUAGAGUGCGAGAAUGGCGCGGUCUACACCGCUCCAAUCGUCGUAUCGGCAAUCAACCCGAAGACUCUGUUCGGCAAGCUGCUCGACGACGAGGCCGUCGGGUCCGAAAUGCGUGAUGAUGUGCAGCGGUUUCCGAUGCGCGGGGCGGCGUUCAAGAUGGCCUUGGCCCUGGACGGAAUUCCCACCUACGCCAACCUGCCCGACGACCUCACGCAGGAACAAGCUUCCACCUGCCAGAAGGACAAGUUUGCCAAGCGGUGCAUAGAAACCGUGUCCCGGUACAUGCCCGACCUUCCCGACCACAUCAUCGACUACCGUAGCUUUAGCCCCGUGGACUGCGAGGCUGAGCUUGGAAUCAUAGGCUCCAACAUCACCCACGGGGAGAUGCUGCCCCACAACCUGUUCGGCCCGAGACCACAUCGGCUAGCCAAUGACUAUCGGACACCACUGAAAGGGCUGUAUCUCACGGGUGGUGGAGUCUGGCCGGGAGGAUUCGUGACUGGAGUGCCGGGCCGGAACACCAGCCAGGCAGUCCUGGCCGAUCUUCAAGGUGACCGGGAAUCGGCAGCGCCUGUUAUGGAGGCUGUGUAUAGCUAG